CUCUCUCUCUCUCUCUCUCUCUCUCAUUCUUGAAAUGUGGAUGCGUCGGGUAUUUUGAGGUCUAGGGUUCGAGAUCCGUGCGCGGGAAGACAAAGCACGCAGACAGGCAGAGAAACAGUUUUAUUUGGGACUAUGGAAGAGCGAAGCGUACGGGAAGUGCUUUACGAGACGCGCCAUCACGCUUCGAGGCCGUACGCUCCCAAUUACCCUCCUCAACAGGCGAAUGAUGGUGAGAGAGGGAGCUUCCUAUCUUUGUUUUCGGUACGAGGUGUAAGUCAACUCAAAGAGAAAUGGAGUGAUUACAAGCAACCGAAAAAAUUGAAAAGAUUAAUAUCCUUGUUUAUCUCCCUGAGAGGCGAACGUGUGGCUGUCGCUGCUGGCAAUCAGAUAACAAUUUUGCAGAAGGAUGAUGACUACAUGGAGCCCUGUGGAACUUUUACCACUGGAAGUCAUGCUACAUUCACUACGGGAACUUGGUCCGAAUGUCAUGAUGUUCUUGGAGUUGCUGAUGAUGCUGGUACACUAUAUUUUAUCAAAUUAAAUGGGGAAGAGAUAACAAGAAUUACAAGGAGACAUUUGAAAAUCUGUAUGCCAAUAGUGGGUCUGAUUGCACAGAAUGAUUCUGAUGAACAGAGAUCUUGCUUGUGCAACUUCACUGUUGUUACAUCAGAUGGUUCCUUUCAGCAUAUUGAGAUUAGUCAGGAGCCAAGUGCCUCUAUCUCCUCUGCACUCACCUCAGAUAAUGGCUUAACCCUGAAGAGGCAGUUUAAUAACAAUGUCUUCUGCUUUGAUUACCAUCCAAAACUUUCUUUGCUAGUUGUUGUUGGUGGCUCUGACAGUAUCUCCCUAGCCUCUGGUGGGAACUCUGGAUCCUGUAAUAUUUCUCUUUGGCGUAGAAGUAAAAUCCAGGAUGUAGAGCAAUUGUUCUCUACUCAGUUUGAUGGUUUAUAUUGUAGACCAAAAGGUUAUGUGGGUCUACUAGGAUCUCCAAAGGUGGUAAUCUCACCGCAAGUCAAUUUUGUUGCUACACUAGAUAUCAGAGGACGCUUGCACAUUUUCAAGCUGGAUAAAGAAUGCUUUUCACUUUCAAGUUUUGCUUGCAGAGGGGUAUAUGACUCACAAGUGACUGAUAGUUUGUCAAAUGGUAGCGGAAAUUUUGUAAGUGAUGUUGUGGACUUUACUUGGUGGUCUGACCACAUCAUUGCUUUUGCAAAAAGGAGUGGCAUUGUCACAAUGCUUGAUAUCCUAAGUGGUUCAAACUUUCAGCAGGAUGACACUGUAUAUUCCAUGCCCUUGUUAGAAAGAGUACAGAAAUUUCCAGGACACAUUUUUCUUUUGGAGAGUACAUUAUCUGAGGAGAGAUACAAUGUAUCAAAUUCUGGGAAAACAAAUGACUUGCAUAGUGUGGAGCUGAUUACUGAAGAUAGAUUUGAUCAAUUUGAUAUUUCUAGAUUGCAAUGGAGUUUGAUAUCAUUUUCUGAGAGAUCUGUCCCUGAAAUGUACAAUAUUUUAAUUAGCAAGCAAAAGUAUCAGGCUGCCUUUGACUUUGCUGGUUGUCAUGGGCUGGAUAAAGAUGAAGUUGUAAAGUCACAGUGGUUGCAUUCUGGCCAAGGCAUAAAUGAAAUAAAUAUGUUUUUGUCUAAAAUUAAGGAUCAAGUUUUCAUAGUUUCUGAAUGUUUAGAUAAAGUUGGGCAAACAGAAGAUGCUGUAAGGGCUUUGCUUGCAUAUGGGUUGCGCCUAACUAACCAAUAUAGGUUUUCAGAAGCAGAAGAUCUUGAAUAUAGCCAAAUUUGGGAUUCCCGCAUGGCUAGACUUCAAUUACUGCAAUUCAAUGACAGGCUGGAAACAUAUCUUGGGAUAAACAUGGGCAGGUUUUCUGUGCAGGAGUACAGAGAAUUUCGUGUUAUGCCUAUUAAUGAAGCUGCUGUUAGACUUGCUGAAAGUGGCAAAAUUGGGGCCUUAAACCUCCUAUUCAAGCGUCAUCCUUAUUCGCUGACUCCUUUCAUGUUGGAGAUUUUAGCUGCUAUUCCUGAAACAGUUCCUAUACAAACAUAUGGGCAGCUUCUUCCUGGGAGGUCGCCUCCUACCAGUGUUGCUGUGAGGGAGGAAGAUUGGGUUGAAUGUGAGAAGAUGGUGAGCUUUAUAAACAAAUUGCCCAAAAAUCAUGAGAUUGGUAUCCCGCUCAGAACGGAACCCAUGGUCAAGCGAUGCCUGGGAUUUGUUUGGCCAUCGACUAUUGAACUUUCGAGAUGGUACAAGGAUAGAGCAAGAGAUAUUGAUAAUUUUACUGGGCAGCUAGAUAAUUGCCUCUGCUUGCUUGACUUUGCUUAUAAGAAAGGUAUUUGUGAGUUGCAGCAGCUCCUUGAUGACGUCUCGUACUUGCACCAACUGAUAUAUUCGGAUGGCAGUGAUGGUGAAUUGAGUAUCAGUAUGAGUCUUGUGGACUGGGAACAAUUAUCUGACUAUGAUAAAUUCAGAAUGAUGCUUAAAGGAGUUAAAGAGGAAAACGUGGUUAAACGAUUACGUGAUAAAGCAAUUCCAUUCAUGCAGAGUAGGUUUAAGAAUGCGGCCUCAGUUUCUCUGGGUCAGGUUCCAGAUAACCAUCUUUCUGCAGAUGAGAAUAACCAGUCAUUUCUGGUUAGAUGGAUGAAGGAAAUUGCUUUGGAGAAGAAAUUGGACAUAUGCUUGAUUGUGAUUGAGGAGGGUUGCAGAGACAUGGUAGUUAAGGAAGGGUGGGGAGAGUCCCAGAGUAAUGGUUUUUUCAGGGAUGAGGUUGAAGCUGUGGAUUGUGCCCUGCAGUGUAUAUAUAUGUCCACAGAAACAGAUCGGUGGAGUACCAUGGCUGCUAUAUUUUCAAAGCUUCCACAAAUACAAGAUACCGGAACACGUGUUGAGGGCCUUAAGAGAAGACUCAAACUGGCAGAAGGCCACGUUGAAGCAGGGAGGCUUUUGGGGUUUUACCAGGUCCCGAAGCCAAUGAAUUUUUUCCUGGAGGCUCAUUCAGAUGGAAAAGGUGUAAAACAAAUUCUUCGCCUGAUACUUUCGAAAUUUGUUCGUCGACAGCCUGGUCGUUCUGAUAAUGAUUGGGCAAACAUGUGGCGUGAUAUGCAGUGUUUGAGAGAGAAGGCAUUUCCUUUUCUGGACCUGGAGUAUAUGUUGAUGGAAUUCUGCAGAGGACUGCUGAAAGCUGGGAAAUUUUCUCUUGCAAGGAAUUAUUUAAAAGGCACAAGUUCAGUUGCUUUGUCAUCAGAGAAGGCAGAAAACCUUGUCAUUCAAGCUGCAAGGGAAUAUUUUUUCUCAGCUUCAAGUCUUACUUGUCCUGAAAUCUGGAAGGCUAGGGAAUGUCUGAAUUUAUAUCCAAGUAGCGGAAAUGUUAAAGCAGAGGCUGAUAUUAUUGAUGCACUUACAGUUAAACUUCCAAACCUUGGAGUUACUCUUCUACCCGUGCAAUUCAGGCAAAUAAAAGACCCCAUGGAGCUUAUUAAAAUGGCAAUCACAAGUCAAACCGGUGCUUAUUUACAUGUUGAUGAACUCAUUGAGGUUGCCAAACUUCUUCGAUUAAGCUCUCUAGAAGACAUAUCAGCCGUUGAGGAAGCUAUUGCUAGAGAAGCUGCAGUUGCGGGUGAUCUUCAAUUAGCAUUUGAUCUCUGCCUUGUUUUGGCUAAAAAAGGACAUGGUCGCAUUUGGGACUUAUGUGCUGCAAUAGCGAGGGGUCCUGCCCUUGAAAACAUGGAUACAAGUUCUCGAAAGCAGCUACUAGGUUUUGCUCUGAGCCAUUGUGAUGAGGACUCCAUAGGUGAAUUGCUCCAUGCAUGGAAAGAUCUAGAUAUGCAAGGCCAAUUUGAGAUGUUAAUGAUGUUGACAGGGACAAAUUCUCCCAGUUUUUCAGUUCAAGGUUCCUCAAUUACUUCACUUCCAGUCCAUAAUAUUCAAGAUAUUAUUCACUUGAAAGAUUGCUGUGAACUGGUUGAAGGAGUUGGUGGUGAUGAUCAAGAAGUUCAAUUUGAUAGCAUAAAAAAUGUAUUCUCUGCUGUUGCUAAAAGCCUGCCCAUUGAGAAUGGGAGCAAUUGGGAAUCUGGUCUCAGAGAAAAUGGAAAAUUUUUGUCUUUUGCUGCUUUACAACUUCCAUGGUUGCUUGAAUUGAGUAGGAAAGCAGAACAUGGUAAGAAAUUGAUUACUGGCUUAAUUCCUGGAAAACAGUAUGUUAGUAUAAGAACACAGGCUGUGGUGACUAUUCUGUCCUGGUUGGCGACGAAUGGUUUUGCCCCUAGAGAUGAUGUGAUUGCCUCUCUGGCAAAAUUAAUUAUUGAAACUCCUGCUACUGAAGAGGAAGACAUUGUGGGAUGCUCUUUUCUCUUGAAUCUUGUCGAUGCAUUUACUGGGGUUGAAGUUAUAGAAGAGCAGUUGAGAACAAGGGAGGAUUACCAAGAAAUUUGUAGCAUCAUGAACGUGGGAAUGAUGUAUAGUUUAUUACACAACUCUGGGCUCGAGUGUGAGGGGCCUUCAAAGAGGAGGGAGCUGCUACUGAGGAAAUUUAAAGAAAAGCACACACCACCUAGUUCUGAUGAAAUAGAAAAGAUUGAUAAAGUACAGUCCACAUUUUGGAGAGAAUGGAAACUGAAAUUAGAAGAAGAAAAGCGUGUAGCAGACCAUUCUAGAGCACUAGAGAAAAUAAUUCCUGGGGUUGAAACUGAACGAUUUUUGUCUGGGGACAUCAAAUACAUUGAGGGUGUCAUUAUCUCCCUAAUUGAUUCAGUAAAGUUGGUGAAGAAGAGCGUUUUAAGUGAUGUAUUGAAAAUAGCUGAUACCUAUGGCUUGAGUCGUACUGAGGUGCUACUGCGGUGCCUAACUUCUCUCCUUGUUUCUGAGGUUUGGACAAAUGAUGAUAUUAUGGCUGAAAUUGCAGCAUUCAAGGGAGAAAUAAUUGAUCAUGCUGUAGACACUAUCAAAACUAUUUCCUUGAUUGUGUACCCUGCAAUUGAUGGGUGUAACAAGUUGAGGCUUGCUUAUGUGUAUAGCCUGCUCUCUGACUGCUACUUACAUCUGGAAGAAACCAAAGAUUCAUUGUCGAUGAUACAAGCAGACCAAACAAAUGUGUCUAGUCUUGGGCUUGCUCAUUUCUACAAGCUCAUUGAGCAAGAAUGCAGAAGAGUUUCAUUUAUUAAGAACUUGAACUUUAAAAGUAUUGCUGGAUUAGGUGGUUUGAACUUGGAGUGCUUCAGCACUGAAGUUUUCACACACAUUGAUGAAAGUAGCUUGGAAGCUCUGGCAAAAAUGGUGGAGACCCUUGCCAGUAUCUAUACUGAUCCAGUGCCUGAAGGUCUCAUAUCGCGGCAGGAUGUCUACAAACAUCAUGUCUUGAAUUUGUUGACAGCUUUGGAGACUAGAGCUACAGCUGAUUCUAAAAUUAAAGGCCCUGAAAACGUUCAGGGCUUUGUAAGUCAACUUGAGCAGAGCUAUGAUUUCUGUAGAAUGUAUAUCAAACUCCUUGCCCCUUCUGAUGGUUUGGAUAUUAUGAAAUGGUACUUCAGAGUAAUCAUCCCGAUUUAUGGUUGUUAUGAGAAUCUGCCAGAUAACUCAGAAUGGCAGAACUGCCUCAUCAUCCUCUUGAACUUUUGGAUUAGAUUGGCCGAUGGAAUGAAGGAUAUUGUAUCCCAUGGGAGUCUGGGAGGAAAUCUCACGUUCAAUCCAGAAUGCAUAAUGAGUUGGCUAAGGGUUUUUAUGAGGUUGGUGAUGGAGGACAUUGUAUCACCAAGUCAGGGUUGGGGCACCAUUAUCAGCUAUGUCAAAUAUGGUUUAAUUGGUGAUUUUGAUGUUGAUAUUUUCAUUUUCUGCAGAGCCAUGGUUUUCUCUGGCUGUGGAUUUGGAGCCAUUGCAGAAGUGUUUUCUGUGUUCACAUCACUGCUGCCAAGUGGUUCAGCAGCAGCCAGUGACACUGAAUGUCAUGAUCUUCCGCGUCUGUAUUUAAAUAUCUUGGAACCCACCUUACAAGAUUUGGUCAAUGAAUCCCAUGAACAUCAGAAUUUGUUUCAACUAUUAUCUUCUCUGAGUAAACUAGAAGCUAAUUUGGAGGACUUGAAGAGGGCCAGGUAUGCAGUUUGGGAAAGGAUGGCCAAGUUUUGUGAUAAUCUGCAGCUGCCAAGUUCGGUUCGUGUUUAUGCUCUAGAGCUUAUGCAAUUCGUCACAGGCCGAAAUAUCAAGGGUUUCUCUCCUGAGAUACAAUCUAAUGUUCUACCGUGGGAAGGGUGGGAUGAGUCACAAUUUACAUUAAAAAAAAAAAGGGAGACUACUGCUAAUCUGGGGUUGCCAGAUCAUAAGGAUACUUCUAGCAGGUUUACAAGUACUUUGGUUGCCCUCAAAUCAUCUCAGCUUGCAGCAACCAUCUCUCCUAGCAUAGAAAUUAUCCCUGAUGAUCUCAUGAAUAUGGAGACUACAGUUUCUUGCUUCUUAAAGUUGUGUGGAGCUGCUACUACCGAUUCCCAUAUUGAUGCUUUACUUUCCAUUUUGGGGGAGUGGGAGGGACUUUUCGUCAUUGGUAAAGAUGAGGAAGCCUCUGCAGAAGCCUCUGAUGCAGGAAAUGACUGGAGCAGUGAUAAUUGGGAUGAGGGAUGGGAAAGCUUUCAGGAAGUAGAACCUCCUGAGAAGGAAAUGAUGAAGAACUCCUCUAUUCACCCUUUACACGCCUGUUGGAUGGAGGCUUUCAAGAAACUUAUCAUGCUGUCCCGGUUAAGAGAUCUGCUAACUCUGAUUGACCAGUCCAUAUCAAAAUCUAAUGGAUUAUUGCUUGAUGAAGACGAUGCCAGGAGCUUGUGCCAGAUCCUACUCGGAAUAGAUUGUUUUGUGGCUUUAAAGAUGGUGCUGUUAUUGCCUUAUGAGGUAUUAUGGUCACAGUGCUUGGAUGAAGUUGAGGAGAAACUGAAACAAGGAGGCAUCUCAGACACAAUUGGCAGAGACCAUGACCUUUUGAUACUUGUGUUAUCUUCAGGGAUCGCAUCAACUAUCAUCACCAAAUCUUCCUAUGGUACCACUUUCUCAUAUCUGUGCUAUAUGGUUGGAAAAUUAUCUCGCCAGUGUCAAGAAGCUCAGUUGUCGAGGUUUGCACAGAAAGGAUCAAACAUCUCGUUCCUCUUUAGAAAAAUUAUCUUCCCUGCGUUCAUAUCAGAGCUUGUGAAGGCAGGGCAGCAAAUUCUAGCGGGGUUUCUUGUUACAAAAUUUAUGCACACAAAUGCCUCGCUCAGUCUCAUUAACAUAGCGGAGAGCAGUCUUGGUAGAUAUUUGGAGAGGCAGCUCAUUGUAUUAGAGCGUGAAGAGUUUGCUCUUGAGGAGACAUGUGAAACAUUAAGGAAUAACGUUUGCAGUUUGAGAGGCAAGUUGGGCAAUCUGAUCCAAUCUGCGUUGUCGUCGCUCUCUAGUAAUGUUGGAUGAGGAUGUUUGAAUAUUUUCUUCAUUCUUUUUUUUUUUUUUUUUUCUUUUUUCUUUUUUUUUUUUCUAAUUACAGCGAUGCAAUUUAAUUAGGAGUAGUUUUAUAAACUGUAAUUUAAAUACUUUUUGUUGAGUUGUGGCAAGAGGGAGACAGGACUGUAUAGGGAGUACACGUAAUUUUUGAUUUUACAGAAAUAUGUUUAACUUGGGUCAAAGCAACCCAUAUGAAAAUCGAUCUGCAGUUUUAUUGCUUUGUAAA